AUGGGGGAUUUUUUAAGUUUCACCAGUUGUUUAGUGAACAUCGAUAUUGUAUUAGAUUUUCAAUUAUAUCUAAGUGUUUUCUUCCUAUGUAAUGAUGUGACGUUAUGCUUCCAAUAUUAUUAUUACAAUAGUGUUUAUCCUAGGUUACAACAACAACAACAACAGCAGCAGCGGCAGCAACUGUAUGUGCCGUUGAGUACUGAUACGAGUGACUCUUCCAGGCUUACCAUGACGAACAACGAAGACAGAGAUAUAUCGAUAUAUCAAGCACAAGAUAUUCAACAAAUUAAGCAUGCUAAUUCAAAUCAAUCCACAAGUGAAGAUUUCGUCAACUCGACCCCCAGUAGUUAUGAUUCAAUAAAUGAUAAUGACAAUGGGUCCAUAAUUAAAAAAUCCAUUGUGGGGGCCAUUUUGAAUACUGGUCAUGCCGUCGCGUUGCCCAUAUCGACAGAAACAUUCUGUAAAAGAGACACAGAAGAUAAAAGUACCAGUUCAGUGGGGUUGUAUCUUGCAUGGGGGUGUACAUUAGUUUAUUGUUUAUCAAGAUGUCCUCAAUUAUACAAGAAUUAUAAACGAAAAUCGGUUGAUGGGAUAUCACCAUUGUUAUUUGCUUCAGCAUUAAUGGGCAAUUUGACUUAUACAUUGUCGAUUUUAACUAGUUGUGAAUUUGCAUUUGGUUCAAAUAGACAAGACUUUAUAUUGAAAGAAUUGCCUUAUAUUUUGGGGAGUGCUGGUACGAUUGUUUUUGAUAUUGGCUAUUUUUAUCAGAAAUAUUUGUAUCGUAACAGUGGUAGAAACACAUCAGCUAUGACAUUAGAAAGUUGGAGUGAUAUUGAAACUCGUAGAACUAAUGAUAAUUAG